AUGCGAGAAUAUAAAAACUGGAUUACGCCCCGUCCAUUUCAGGAUGACCCUGGCUUCAUAGGCAAAACGUUUGCCGCUCAGAUUCGGGAAUCAGGGCUUGAGGAAAGGAUAUGUGAUCUCGCCUCAAGGCGUUGGACUGACUUGCAUCCUUGGCUAGAUGGCGCUGGGCAAAUCGCAAAGCUCGACAACUCGGAACCCCAGUACGGAAAACGCAACGUCUUAUAUCGACUCCGGAUGCCAGACAACACUCUUUGGAUGGCCCGACUGCACAACCCUCUGAAUAUCAAACCUACUGACCCAGAUUAUACACAGCGCGUGGCAAAUCGCCUAUUCCUCUUGGAGAGUGAGGUCGCAACCAUGAUAUUCGUAAAGGAAAAUACACAAAUCCCGGUUCCAGGCGUAUAUGAAUAUGAUCUCACUUACACCAACGCACUUGGAACACCCUAUAUCUUCAUGGAGUAUAUACCUGGAAAACCUUACCCUUUUCCUUUUAACGAUCAACGCCGUAUCAAGGACAGGGACUUGCUGGAAAUACAUCGCCAGCUGACGAAAUUUGCUUGGCAGCUAGCUGAGAAGCCAUUCAACAGCAUUGGGCAGCUUCGUUUUGCUUCAGAACCAGGAAAAGUGACCGUUGGGCCCAUUAUCGACCGCAAAGAUCGUAUCUAUGGCCCGUUUGAGUCAUCAAGAUCAUUCUAUAGGAAACGCGCACAGAUAGUAUAUAACUUUGAGAAAGGCCGGCAGGAGGCUGAAGGGUCCUCCGACGUUUCGGACGGCAUGGACUCUGCUGCACUACAUGUCCGGGCCGCGGAACAUGCUGGUAAAGAAUCCUUAGACACUGGGCCUUUUUUCCUUCAACAUGCCGAUAUGCAUUGGCAGAAUUUACUCUUCGAUGAUGAAUGCAAAAUUAUCGGUGUUAUAGACUGGGAGUGGGCCCAAACCGUCCCACUAGACUCUUUCAACAUAUUGCCAUGGAACUUCGCCUCUAAAAUGCUGCCAUUUGACUCGGGCAAUGUCAGUCGGCAUCAGAAUAUCUCGUACGGGACUUUCAGAGCUCUUUCGGAGCCUGAAUGCUCUACUCUUAAACAUCAGAAAGCGAUCGAUGACAUGAUCGCCUUUCAGGGCUCACAGCGUCAACAGAUUGCCCGCUACCUGGAUGAUUAUAAUUGGCCAGAAUCCAGGAGGAAGCACUACGAUCAUUUGAGUGAGCUAAUCCAUGAAACAAAAUCUCAAUGA